UAUACCUAAACCUCAGUGCGUGGGUCUCAAGUUUGCUAGCUUCCAUCAAUCAGACCAUGAAGAUCUUUGGUCGUGUGAUUGGUGGACUGCGUCAGCUGCGUCGUUCGCCCAAAUGGCAAGGGGAUGGCUUGAAGAAGAGAGUUCUCACUAGGUGGAGUGUUCCGUGGUCGCUUGACACGACAGUUUGCGGCCUUUGUGGCUUAGAGGCUUGCUCUGCCGCGACUAAUGCGCUUUCAAGUGGUAUUCCAGUUCUGUUGUUUCUUCUGACCCGGGAGUGCUCUAUGGACUUCACUUGCUCUCUUACUGGUAAUUUAUUUUAUUUUGGAUAUCUGAAUAACAAUAUCAUUUAUCUUUUUUCAAGUAUAUAUAUAUAUGCUAACACUUUUUUUUUUUUUUACAAAUGUCACAGUGUUUCCAGUGGAAUGAAGUUGGGUGGUCUGUAUGGUUUGUGUCACAUCUACAGACCACCACCCGACAUGUUCUACUGGCAGUUCAGCCGUACUAGUUUUUCUUAUGGACUAGUUGGCUUGAGCUUGUUCGGGGGUGCAGCAUUCAUGUUUUCCUCUCAUUUGACAAGUUUUGAGGAAUAUGCUGAGAAUGACAGCGUUAAACUGAGGAUGUUGCCGUAUUGCACCAAUUUAGCUGCCGGUUUUACAUUCAUCAAAGUCAAUGUAGCUGCUGUUGUCGAAGAAGUAGUGUACAGAGGCUUUUUGCUUACUUCGCUGACGAAAUGGGUAGCUACACCCACAGCUCUUCUUCUUUCUUCCGCGGCUUUCGGAUUGUCACAUGUUGGAGCUUUUGGCUUCAACUUCAGUUUUUUUUCCCAGCACUUUUUCUUUGGUCUGUUUUCAGGAGUUGUUUUCCUGUAUUCGAGGAAUCUCUGUGCACCAAUUGUGGUGCAUAGUGUUUACAAUUCAGCAAUGUUUCUAUAUUAUCUGUUGGAAUUCAAACGAGUAUGCCUAUAUGGUUUUGAUGAGUUUGAUGAGCAGGAUUUGAUAAGACUGUUUAGUAGCAAAAGUGUCACUUCUUCUGCACCUAAACCUUCUUCUUCCAAGAUAAAGGGAAAAAAACCUUUGGAAGCCCCUGAAAGAAGACCUGAAAAAGAUGCUAAAGAUGAUGUUGGUGAUGAUGAUUCCUCUUCUGCCAAAACUACUAUCGUUAUUGAACAUUGGCAAGAAAAGGAUGUUUUGAGAGAUACGGGCUGAAGAUGGGAAGGCUUAUGUCAGUCUUCAGGUAAGCAAUAAGUAAAGCGCAGUGAGUUGCAUUGCUGCACCACCAUCAACAUUCAACCUUGCACCACUGUUUUUAUAUUUGCGAUGUUUGGGUGUGGCUAGUGGUGGUUGAUUUAGUAGUCAUAUUUUUGGGUUAAAUUGGCAGUUGUAUUUGGGUGACCGAAAUACUGAUUUGAUGGUGGUUGAUUGGGUUGCGAUGGUAAUUGUUGUGUUAGCAGCAGGUGGUGAAGGGGUCAGAUAACUAAUUUGUACAUCUUAUGUCCCAUACCUUGUUUCUUUACACAAAUUUUUUGUCCGAUCUAGUUCAAUGGGAUUCGAACCAUUUGAUCUUGUUCAAUAUGUCUAUAAAUAUACUAAAACAAUGUCCACUCUUUAAAAUUUUAAUUUUCCCUCCUAAAAUCCUACUAUUUUCCCUCUCAAUCUCACUUUUUUUUUUCUUUUACUUUUCUCUGGACUUCUAGAAUAUUUUGAAUCCAUAUUUAGUUAUUCAUUUUUUUUCUUGAUAAAAAAAGGUUAUGUUAUUCAUAUUUUUAUUUAUAAUUGUUUAGUCAUUCUUAGAAUCAUCCAUAACUUAUGAAAAUAGAUUGAUUAAGUAUUUAAGUUACUUUGAAUACUAUCUUAAAAAAUACCUUAUUUACAAGACAUUGAUAAUAUAGGUUUCUCCUUGCGUUUAAAUUAAAGUAGAACG